AUGCUCAACACCCUGCCUCUCUACCACAUUGUGUGGAUGCCAGCAGAGGAACCAGCUCAGCCCGAGCUCAGCAGCAACCGGGCACUCACAGCACUCAUCUUGCAGAGAGAUUUCACCGACAGCCCCCGAACCCUGCUCUUGGCCAAGCCCUCAGCGCACGGCUCUGGGAACGCGGCUCUAAACCCACCCACCGCGGGCACCGGAUGCUCGGUCGGUGGGGUCGAGACGAAGCGUGAGACGCUGGGAGCCCCGACGGGGCUUUACUCAGAGCCUGCUCACGAUUUGGCGGAGAACCCCCAUAGCCACCCACGCGUGUCCUAUUUAUCCCGCACCUUUGACCGGCCCCUGCUUGUGCAGACUCGUCGUGACCUGCUCGCCGGGGCUUCCCCACCGCGCCCCGCAGAGACCCAAAGCGAGCUCCGGCCGCGCCGCCUCGUUGGCAACCCGGAGGGCUUCGUGGAGGGGCUGCAACCCGAAACCGCCGCGCGGAGGACACAGCAGCGACAGCACGGGAAGCACCGCGAUGGGAACCUCUCCCGGGCGCGCCGUCAGGACGUCACUGCCGGGGCAGGGGGCUACCGCCGGAAGUUGUCGGAGGAGGAGGAGGAGAAGGUGCCGGCCGGCACCUUCCCCAGCUUCAUGACCGAGGGGACACUGCUGGCCCGGCGAAACGAGCACAGCAAGGCCCUGGCCUGCUUCAACAACGCUCUGAAGCUGAGGCCAGCAGACAAGCACUGUCUGGUUGACCGCUCAAAAUGCUACCUGAGGCUUGGAAACACUGAAAAUGCCCUGAAAGAUGCUGAAGCUUCUCUCCAAAGUGACAAAACAUUCUCCAAGGGACUUUACCAGAAAGCUGAAGCCCUGUACACCAUGGGGGACUUUGAGUUUGCUUUGGUCUUUUACCACCGAGGCCACAGACUGCAUCCAGACCUGCAGAAGUUCUCUCUGGGCAUCAAGAAAGCCCAGGAGGCCAUUGUCAACUGUAUUGGAAGUCCAUCCUCGGUGAGGCUGCAGUGCACGGAGGAGCUGUGCUUCGUCAGCAGGCAGGCAGAGAGCAAAAAAGCAAAUCAGAAACCCCAGAUCAAACUGUCCAAGGAUCAAAAAUGGGCAAAGAAACAAAAGCCUGUGAGGAACCCAAGAGCAGAGCGACAGCUCCUUGGGGAGCUCUAUGCAGACAAGACCUACCUGGAAGAGCUGCUCAAGGACAAAGAUCUGAUGGAGAGCAGCACAAGGCAGGGGUUGAAAGUGGCAGAGCUGGUGCAGGGUGGCAUCUCCUACCUGGAGGCCCGCAGCGAGUUCUGGCAGCAGCAGAAGCCAAUCUAUGCGCGGCUGCGGGAGCGCAGGCAGCAGGGCUGGGCACGACGCAGCAGGAGGAAGCAGUCAGAGGUUGGCAGAUACCUGGCAAAGACCAUGGAGGACAUCAACAUGUUGCUGGCUGGGGGCUCCCCAGGAGAAAGCUGCCAGAAAGCUGAGUGUGUGCUGAGGACAGUGCAGAGGUGGCCGGAGCAGGAGGUGCCCAACAAGGCUGAGCUGAUCGGAAGCCUCCACAGCUGCAUGGGCAGUGCCCAGCUGGAGAUGGGCCAGGUGGAGGCAGCUCUGCAGAGCCACCAGAUGGAUCUGAAGUGUGCCAAGGAGAACAAGCUGCCCGAGGCUGUGUCCAGAGCCCUCGACAACGUUGGCAGAGUUUAUGCCAGGACUGGCAGAUUCCAGCAGGCCAUUGCCACCUGGGAGAAGAAAAUCCCAAUGGCCAAAUGCAGCCUGGAGAAGGCUUGGCUGUUCCAUGAGCUCGGCCGAUGCUACCUCCAGCUGAACAAAGCUGAAGCAGCCAAAGGCUAUGGAGAGAAGUCCCUGCAGGCAGCAGAGGAAGAGGGAGAUGUCAAGUGGCAGCUCCAUGCCACUGUGCUGGUGGCAGAAGCACAAGUGAAAUUAGAGGACCACUGGGCUGCCAUCCUGACCUUUGAGAGAGCUCUUGAGAAGGCAAAGCUGACUGGCAACGAAGCUGCUCAGAAGGCCAUCACCACUGCCUUGGAUGAGGUGAGCAAAAGCUUCGUGGAGCUGAACGAGGGAGAAGAAAUGACCUUUAACUGGUACACAGGAGAUGACUUCGAUGUGAAGCUGCAGCUGCAGAUUGUGGAUGUGAAGGUUUAA